UAGAUCGACACCAAGCAGAGUGCAUCACGCACCUUGUUUUUUCCUUCUCUGUUGCACCGGUGUUAAGCACAUGAGUUUCAUGUGUUCAUGAAGCACCAUUACCACUAUGAUAUACAGAGCAGAAGCUGCUCUAAGUUAAUCAUUUUAUCUACAGAUAGAAACCCACCUGCGAGGGUUUCUUGUAGCUUAGUAGCGGUCGGGCGGUCGACGUCUAAGCUAAAGUUCUAAGAACAUAUGUGGUAGCGCACAAGGAUCAGUCGAUUUAGAUUCAGAUAAGUAGUGAACCGUUGUGAGUUUCGCAAUUUCGUCAACCGAAACCAUGUGGAUCCUGUUGCCACUGUUGGCGGUGGUAUGUGCGGUGCUGGCAAUCUACCGGAAGUUCGCCAGAACUUUAGAAAUGUCAAAGCAGUUCCCUGGACCACCGGCCCUACCCAUUCUUGGAAAUGGACUGUGGUUCCUCAACAAACAACCCGACGAAUUCCUGCCAAUCAUCCAGUCUCUCAUCGAUGAGUACGGCGAUGUACUGCGUUUUUGGCAAGGCCCUCAGUUCACAAUGUACGUCGGUAAACCUACGAUGAUUGAGAGCAUCCUUACCAACAAGCAUUUGACCGAUAAAUCCGAUGAAUACAGCUUCCUCUCCAACUGGCUCGGCGACGGGCUGUUGUUGAGUAAACGACAUAAAUGGCACGCCCGGCGGAAAGCAAUCACCCCGGCGUUCCAUUUCAAGGUCCUCGAACAAUUCGUUGACGUGUUCGAUCGGAACGCGACUGAACUGGUGGAUGUCUUAGGUCGGCAUGCCGACAGUGGGGAAACCUUCGAUAUGUUCCCAUACGUGUUGCUGUACGCUCUGGAUGUGAUUUGUGAAAGCGCUAUGGGAACUUCAGUGAACGCUCUGCGGAAUUCAGAUUCGGAGUACGUUCGGGCAGUCAAGGAAGCAGCAAACAUAUCCAUUCGACGGAUGUUUGAUAUCAUCCGUCGAACUCCUUUGUUCUACCUCACUCCAAGCUACCAAAGACUGAGAAAAGUUCUAAAAGUGCUCCAUGGUUACACGGACAAUGUGAUAGUAGCCCGUAAGAAAAAGUUGAAGGACCAGGUGAAGCAUGAGGACAACUCAACAAGCGACGACUUGGAAUUAGGUUCGAGGAAAAAGGAAGCCUUCCUUGAUAUGCUGCUUCGAACCAAAAUAAACGGCAAACCUUUGACCAAUCUGGAAAUCCGGGAGGAAGUGGACACUUUUAUGUUUGAGGGUCAUGACACAACCACCUCGGCAGUGGUGUUCACGCUGUUCAGCCUUGCCAAGCAUCCUGCCAUCCAGCAGAAAGUGUACGAAGAGAUAAUAUGCAUCGUCGGGAAGGAUCCUCGGGAACGGAUCGAACUGUCCCACUUACACGAACUAAGUUACCUGGAAAUGGUCAUCAAGGAAACGCUUCGACUGUUUCCAUCCGUACCACUGAUUGGUCGAAGGUGCGUCGAAGAGGUCACCAUCGAGGGCAAGACUAUACCUGCCGGAGCGAACAUUAUCGUCGGUAUCUACUAUAUGGGACGGGAUCCAAAUUAUUUCGAAAAGCCGCUGGAGUUCAUUCCGGAACGGUUCGAAGGGGAGAAAUCGGUGGAGAAAUUCAACCCAUAUAAGUACAUUCCAUUUAGUGCUGGACCACGAAAUUGUAUUGGCCAGAAAUUCGCUCUCAACGAAAUGAAAAGUGUGAUAUCGAAGCUUUUGCGUCACUAUGAAUUCAUUCUGCCCCCGGGCAGUGUCAACGAACCUCUGCUAGCAUCUGAGUUGAUUCUGAAACCACACCAUGGAGUUCCACUGCAGAUCAGACGCAGAGAGCAUCAACACAACUAGGGAUGAACACCACCCCUCCACCUCCCACCCAUCUCUCCGUAGAAAGGUCAUUUACCGCAACGACUGCAGCUGAUGAAGCCAAAACGUGUUUAAGUUUUUUACUAAAUCCUACAUCUCUACUUACCUGCCAUGUGAUUACAAAACGUUUCAAUUGUAGCUUGAA